UACAGUUGUAAGUUCGCGGGUGCAUUCCACAUUAUCCAGCUUGAUAAUGUUGGUACCAUCAAAUAAUUGUUGAUUUGUUUUGUUAUUAUUAUUGAAAGAACGCGAACCAAAAGGUAAAAAAAUGGAAACCCUGACAAUAGAGGCUUUAGAUUUCAUCUACGAGGAUGAAAUGGAGUAUUUGCACCUCAAAAAAGCGCCUAUAAAGGAGGAACAAGCCAAGGCGGUGAAAAUAAAGCGACUGACUUGCAACAUAAGCGGCUGCACUUACUCCACGGACCGCAGGAGAGACAUGAGGCGCCACAGGCGAUCGCAGAAGCACAUGCUGCUGGAGUCCUGCUCGGACUCCGAGUCCGAGGUAGAAUCGUCGCUGUUCUCGUGCAACGUCUGCGGCUACAAGACUGCCAAGCGGUAUUGCUUCGACCGGCACAAGGAGUCAAGGCGCCACAUAAUGAAGGAGCAGGAGGAGUGCGAGAAGCUAAUGGACGAGGCAGAGGGAACAGAACCGCCCACAAAGCGCAUAAAAAGAGUGGAUGAGCUGGGGCUUUCGGAUGCGGUAAAAACACAAUACGCGGAGGACACCCUGCACAGCUGCACGCCAUGUGCCUACAGCACCACUCGAAAAUCUCGCAUAGAACUGCAAGCGAAAAGCCAGGCGCAGAUCGAGAUCUUGCAGACCCAGCUGGAAUCGAAUGAGUACAUACAGUGUGUGCCCCAAGGACAAGAACAGAUGAUGGAUCUAUCUGGGGAGUCUGUGGCGACCGAGGACGAAUACCUGGCCUACAAGAUGGAAUGUAGCUCCACUCUGGAGUGCGCCCCCUGCGAAUACAGAACGGCCCGAAGAUUUUGCUUCGUUCGCCACAUGCGGUCGGCAAGGCACCUGGCCAAGAUUCAAGCUGAAUUUGAUGGCGUGGAGGAAACUGAAGACCUUGAGCCGGUUGAAUACUUGGAAGCGGAAAAUGACCUGGAGGAUAUCGACCACGGAGAGGAGAUAACUCUCGUGGAGGAGUUUGAUAUUCAUGUUAUGGAAGAGUCAAAUGUUGUAGAGGAUAUACAAGUGUUACAUGAGCAAAAUGGACCAGAAGAGACUGAUAAUUUAGUGGAGCUUGACGGGGUGAUUCAAACAGAGCCUGGCUUCGAAGUGAUAGAAUAUACAACUGCCGAAGAAAAUGUUUACGAGGAGAUCGUGUACCUGCCCACUGAAGACAGUCCGGACGAUAUUUGCUACUAUAUAGCGCUGGACAAUGAAUAAAUGAGUCAUUCUCCGUGCUUUAAGUAGCUUUGUAGCUUUUCAACUCAUUUUGUACACCUAAGAACAUGAAUGCCACCGAAUUGUUGAAUAUAAUCAAUGCAAUGACCAAACCUGAUAUAUUUAUCAUGUAUUCAUGUUUUUGAUUCUUGAUAAGUCAAAAUUCUUGAAGUCAAGAAUUAUUCGUAGCCACUAAAUUGUUAGAGUGCUAUAAAGCAUUUAAAAUGAAAAUGAGAAAAGCUAAGAAAGCAAAGGUGUGGUUUUGUACAUACAAACACGUAGUUGCGUAGUGUUAUUAUUAUUUGGUAUUAAGAAUAAAGAAUUUCCAUUUUAAAAUUUUUAAA